CGAAGACUUGAGUUGCAGCACUCUCUUCUCAGGCGCGCACUGUGCGAUGGCAAAUCUGUGUUGCCACCUAUAGUCUUGAGGCCCGGUGACAAGGUAUUAGAUUCGGGUACAGGAACCGGAGCCUGGGUUAUGUCGCUGGCGAAAGAAAUUCCACCAUCGGUUUCUCUUACAGCUAUUGAUAUACAAUCCAAAAUCUUCCCCGAAUCAUUUCCCAGGAACAUCACAUUCUCUAUCUACUCGGUUACAGAGUUACCCGGAGAAUGGACCGACACCUACUCGCUUAUAAACCAACGUGUUCUCUACGCAGCCCUGACGGAAUCACAGUGGAGGGCGGCCUUGUCAGAGAUUUACCGCGUCCUCGCUCCCGGUGGAUGGGUACAAAUCAUCGAAGGCUCGACAAUCUCAACACGUAUGGGGCCUUACUCUGAGAAGAUAGGAAACAUCUUGGGCAAACUUUACGCGCAUAAAGGCCUACUUAUAGACAUCGCAAAGCGUCUCCCUGACAUGUUAGGACGAGAGGGAUUCAUCAACGUUCAUAGCGAAACGCGGGCUUUGCCCCUUGGGGCAUGGGCUGGUACGGAUGGGCUGGAGCACAGAGACAACUUAACCUCAGUAUAUUCUGCCAUGCGCGGACCUAUCUUUGAAGCAGAUGGAUUCGGGCUGGUCUCGUCAGAACAGGAAUACGAUGACCUUCUCGGUGGCCUGGCGAAAGAGUGGGAUAAUGGACAAAGCAUAUCUGCUUCGAAAGACUGGACAGCUGUGUACGCUCAAAAGGUGCGCGAUCCCAAUGUAGGUCAAAGGGCUUGGUCGUCUUCACCAGAUGUGCAUUACUUAUUACCCUCCGAUGCUCAGGAGAAGCAGCGGCUCGAGUCGCAGCACUCCUUUCUCAGGCGUACGCUAUGUGAUGGAAAAUCCGUCGUGGCGCCUAUAACCCUGGGGCCUGGUGAUAAAGUUUUAGAUUCGGGAACUGGAUCUGGAGCAUGGAUCCUCUCGAUUGCCAAAGAAGUGCCCUCGUCUGUUUCUCUCACGGCUAUUGAUAUACAGUCCAAAAUUUUUCCAAAGUUACUUCCGCCAAACAUUGUUUUUCACCACCACUCGGUCACAGAUUUACCUGGCGAAUGGACUGAUUCGUACUUACUGGUCAAUCAACGUGUUCUCUAUGCCGCCCUGACGGAAUCGCAGUGGAACUCUGCUUUGGUAGAGACGCACCGUGUUCUCGCUCCUGGUGGAUGGGUGCAGUUCAUUGAAGGUUCCUCGAUUUCACCCCAUACAGGACCUUAUUCCGCAAAGAUAGGGAAAAUUUUGGCCAAAUUAUAUACACAUAAAGGCUUGGUCAUAGAUGUUGCGGAACGUCUCCCUGGUAUGCUGGCCCGAGAAGGUUUCGUUAACGUACACAGCGAAACGCGGGCUUUGCCUGUGGGAGCAUGGGCUGGUGCGGAUCGGACUGAACUCAGGGAUAACCUGAUUACAGUAUAUUCUGCCAUGCGCGGGCCUAUCUUCGAUGCAAAUGGAUUUGGGCUGGUAUCAUCAGAACGAGAGUACGAUGAUCUUCUUGAUGGCUUGACGAAAGAGUGGGACGACGGACCAAACAUAUAUGAAGACUGGACAGUGGUGUAUGCUCAAAAGGUACGCAACCCUAUUGAAAAUCAUGGUCAAGGUAGGCUGACGAUGUGGCCAAAGUCUGCUAUUUAA